AUGAGUGAUUGCAAGCUGGAAGACAUUCCAAUGUGUCCUAAUGAGAAGUACAAGAUUGAAGAUGGUGAAGAUAGAGUCAACGAAACCAAGUACAGAAGCCUUGUGGGUGGCCUGAUCUACUUAACUCAUACACGUCCAGAACUUGCAUAUGCAGUUGGUGUGUUAUCAAGGUUCAUGCAGUCACCGUUGAAAGUUCAUGCAGGUGCAGCUAGAAGGGUGCUUAGAUACAUAGCAGCAACUGUUACUUAUGGAAUAUGGUAUAAGAGAACAGACAAGAUUGAGCUAGUGGGAUUUGCAGAUAGUGAUUGGGGUGCAUGUCUUGAUGACAGGAAGACUCUAAGUGCUUACGUGUUUACCUUGGGAAAUGGUGCAGUAUCCUGGUGUUCAAAAAAGCAAAAUACGGUGGCUUUAUCUAGUAUUGAGGCUGAAUAUAUAUUGGUGCUACUUGUCAAGGCAUAUGGAUUAGAAGAAUGUUGGAAGAUCUGGGUAUCAAACAAGAGCAUGCAACUUCAAUCUAUUGUGACAAUCAAUCAGCUAUAA